UGGCUACGUUUAAAUGCUAACACCACCUAGGACGACGAGGAGUACACCUCGCUCGCCUAGCUAAGCUGCGCACGCACACCAUGCCACCUGAAGCUACCCAUCGAUGGGUGCACAGCGCCAGCGCGACGCCGGCGCCGAAGCAGAGCGGCAGGCACCACCCCAAGAGGCGCCGCGGCGGCAGGAGGCUCGUCGCCGACGACGAGGACUGGGAGGCCGCCUUCCGGGAGUUCGUCGCCCGCGACGACGAGGAAGACGGCCAGGACGUUGUUUUGCCGUCGCCGUCGCCGCCGCCGCUGAUUCAUAGGUGCAUCCACGGUCACGAGGUGGUUGACGGCGCCGGCGCGUCCUCCUCCCGGCCCCGCCGGCGCGGCGACGACGACGGCGAGCGGGCGGGGCGGCGGAGGGAGAAGCGGGCCUACCCGUACCGCGGCAUCCGGCAGCGCCCCUGGGGGCGGUGGGCGUCGGAGAUCCGCGACCCCGUCAAGGGCGUCCGCGUCUGGCUCGGCACCUUCGACACCGCCGAGGACGCCGCGCGCGCCUACGACGCCGAGGUCCGCCGCAUCUACGGCUGGAAGGCCAAGACCAACUUCCCUCCGGCGGCGGCGGCGGCGGCGCCGGAGUCGACCUCCUCGACAGCAGCCGACAGCCCUGCCACGACGCCGGCCGACGACUCCGGCGGCGGCGAGCCCCCCCGCGACUCGCGGAUACUCAUCGAGUGCUUCUCCGACGACCUCAUGGACAGCCUCCUCGCCGGCGUCGACAUGGCCGGCGACAUCCACAUGCCCAUCUGGAGCUAACCAACCACCCCGAGCAAGGACUUAAACUACACGUCUUUGCAACCUUGAUGACAUGCGGCUCGCCUAAUCUUGUCAAACAAGGGCCACCAGCUACCAGCUUUUUCCACCAAAGGUUGAGACCAACUUGUGGAUGCAUCUAAUCUAAUCAUCAGAUUAAUCAUCCUGUUAGGUCUCACACAUAGCACACUUGUCAAUGGGAAUUGAAGAUCUGAUGGCCUCUGUUAUUUGUAAUUAAUGAUAAUCAAGACAGCCACAUUUUGUGGGGUUAAGCAAAGUUCUCGCAAAUUUAGGCAAGGAAUAAAGGAUAAGGUGGGGUUGAUUCAGAA